CAGAAUGGUACAACAAGACGUCGAAAAUAAAGUUGUAUAUUCUGGAACAAAUGGGAGAGCAGAUACGUUGGAACGUGACGUUGAAAUAACCAAUCACGAUGCGUGUAUUAUAAAUGAAGAACCAAAAAUUACUGAAUGCCAGGAAAGAAAUGUUCCUGAUAAAGGAUGGGCGUGGUUUGUUUGUCUCGGAGGAUUUUUGGCUCAUUUUAUAAUGGGCGGGUUUGAACGUUCUAAUGGUGUCAUUUAUCUUCGAUUAUUGUCACGUUUUAAUCGUAGCGCUACAUCUACAGCGUGGGUUAUGUCUAUUUUCUCCGCACUUAGACUCUUGCUAGGUCCUGUUGCCAGUGCAGCGUGUAACAGAUUUUCUUGUCGUUUCGUUGUUAUGCUUGGCUCUGCUAUUUGCCUUCUUGGAGUAUUGUUAUCUGGAUUUGUGAAAGAUAUUUCUUUCAUGUACAUCACGUACGGACUUCUUGGUGGUCUUGGGAGAGCUUUAGUUUACACCCCUGGUGUUAUAGCUGUCGGACACUACUUUAACAAACGCCGUGGUGUUGCUGUCGGUAUUGCAACUUCUGGUGUUGGGUUUGGAUGUUUCCUGUUCCCGCCUACUGUCGAGCUAUUGUUCGACCACUUUGGUUUUUCAGGGGCAUUUCUUAUACUCUCGGCAGUUAUCAGUAAUUUCUUUGUAUGCGGGGCUCUAUAUCGCCCGAUGAAGUUACAGUGGAGAAUUGUGGAAUUUGAAAGGAAAAAGAUCAAUGGAGAUGUUGUCAGAGAGAAACUGAUAUUUUCAAACACAAAUAAAAAAGAAGCCGACACUAAACACGUAGCAAACGACACUUAUCCUUGUGAUCAGGAAACUCAAGUAAACACAAAUAAGGUAGUUGUCAAAGGACAAAACAUUACAACGCCACAGAUAGUAUCAAAACGGAAACUAUCGCGACCUUCAACCUCUACGUCAUCACAGGAGAGAAAACCUUUGUUAGACUUUGGAUUAUUCAGAAACUUUGCAUUCUGUGCACUGUGUAUGCAGAUGUUUUUGUUUACUUUGUCAAUCAAUAUAAGUUCACUAUUCCUACCUGCUCUUGCUCAGGAGAAAGGUGUGUCUAAUAUUGAAGCAGCAUACAUGGUUUCAAUCCUCGGCAUAUGUGAUGCUGUCUGCAGAAUUGUUUUCUCUACACUUUUAGAUCUUAAACGUGUAAAGCCAUACAGAUUGAUAAUAUAUAAUUGUGUAAUAUUCUUCACGGCAAUAAUUUAUUUUUUACUUCCGUCAAUGAUAAACUUUAGCCAGUUUGCCGUAGUUUGUGGACUGUACGGGAUGUUGUCUGGAACAUAUAUGUCACAAAAGUCAGUCGUUGUAGUGGAUGUUUUAGGUGUAGAAAAUCUGUCCAGCUCCUUUGGAUUUCUAAUGUUGGCUCAAGGUCUGAGUAAUCUGAUUGGAUCACCAAUUGGAGGUAUAUUCAAAGACGUUCUGGGUACCUAUGACAUAGCUUUCUAUUUCGCUGCAUUUGGUAUUUUCCUAGGAGGAUUGGCUAUGGCAGCCGGAAAUAUUUGGUUGUACAAACAAAAAAACAAACGGGACAAGAGGAGAAACAUAAAAGAAUAAAUAUAGACAAAACUCCGAUCAACAGAUUCGAUUUAUUUAAAUGUCUUACGUUUAUAAAAUAGUUUUUCCUUGACCAAUAAUAACUAAUGAUUUGAAACAAAAUAUUGCUCAGGGCGGGUGUUGUAUUCAUCUGAUAUUUGUUAUCUGAA